AUGCCAAAGUACACUGCCCAAGUUCCAAUAUUUCCAAUAUUUCCAAUCUUCUUACAUAUUUGCCCCCCCAUCGUCACCGCAAAUCGCGUUACUCAAAAUUACCAUUCAAUCUCGUGGGCCAGCGGUCAUCACCGAGCAUGUGAUUGCGUCAAUGCACGUGGCACCGGUUUGUAUAUCUUUCUCGUCCACGGCACCCAUUCCAGUCACAAACUUGGGAUGCUGCUUGUUGUGAAAGGCACCGGCCCAUCCCAGCCCGACAUAAACAAAGCGGUGACCAGAGACCGCCCAAAGAUGGCGGGGCCAUACUGGUACGGGCUCGACGGGAUCCGUAAGCGCGGUGUUGACGCUUGCAUAUCCCGUCUGCCUCAACUUGGAACAACUUUCGGACCAGCUCAGUCCCUCGAAGAAACACAGGUGGGACAGAUGCCCAACAGCAAAGGGCCCCCUGAUGCAGCCUGGCAGUCUGGCAACUUUGGAGGCGAUAGUCGUAUCUUUGGGGGGCCAACAAUAGACACUACUAAAUGGACAGCUCGAUUCUCCAUUCAAGCCGCCACAGCCGAAUGUCAAAGUCAGCCACUCAACGAGUAUGAUAAUGGCGACUACGUAGUAUCUUGUGCUGUUGGCAGCAGUACCAACAAACAGUCAAAAUAA